GUUCCGGUUUAGUGAAGAUGUGUGCGGACCUGAGCCGGACUCCCCGGACCCUGCUGGUCUGCGACCGGUCCAGUUUCCUGGACCACAAGAACCGGGUCAGCUCGCAGGUAGAGCAGCAGCACUUCAAUUACAAGGUAUCUAUGCUGUUACCUGAGUGUAGCUCCACUCCCUCCUACCUGGACUUGGUGUUGAACAGUUUCACCAGAUUUUACCUGAUCAGGAAGCUGCCAGUAUACGAACUGCUUGACAAAGACUUCAUGCAGAGCGCCGUGUACCAGG